AAACCCACCUCGGUAAAAUCCAAGAUUGCCCCAUUUCUCCCCUAGCAGUAGCACACUCUGUUUCUCUUCUGGGUUUUCUCUGUUUCACUGUAAAGUUGAGAUUUUUAGCCUUCAAAGUGUUACCCUGUUUUCUUUAUUUUCUAAACUUUCACAGUCAUGAAACAAUGGAGGUCACCUUGUUGGUUGGUUUGGGGAAGGGAGUAAGGCUUUUGCUGAGUCAAAGCUGAAAGAAGAGGAAGAAAGAAUCUUUUAGGCAAUGGCGGAGUGAAGGAGAUUUUAUAAAAAAACCCACGAGAAGUGAAAAGGGGGAAAUAAAUGGAUAAGUACUGAGAGGAGGGAAUUUAUUUCUUCUUCCUUCCAGAGUUUCAUUUUCGGGGGUGAUUUCAUCAGGGGGACAUGGGCGCUUUUCUAAUUGGAGGGAGAGAGAGAGCGCUGUUUCUCUUUAUUUAGCCGGUGAUGAUGAUGAUGAGAUCGGUUUUUUGUUGUGUUGUUUCCAUAUUUGCUGGUUUGCCUACGUAUUAAGUUUUGGUCAAGGCUUUGAGGGCUCUCUCUCUCUCAAAUUCUCUUUAUAAUAAUAGCAGGAGAAUCGUUUGGUAUCUUCGAGAAUCUUUGACAUACAAAACUUUGAAACAGGUCUAUAGGAUUUCAAGACAGUGUUCUACUUUGUUUCUUCAAAGAAGUUGUUUGUUCAAUUGAGCCUGCUUUUUGGCAAAGCAUGGAUGGCUCUUGGCAAUCGGGAACCCUGCUGGAUUCUUUGGCCGAUACCUUAGCCGACAACACCAUGGAUUUCGAUUACAUGGAUCAAUUGCUUCUCGACGGCUGCUGGCUGGAGGCAGCAACUGAUGGAUCAGAGUUCUACUACCCUGGUCCAACCGAUUUCACUUUCCAUCCAUCGGAGAUCACCAACAAUGUCAAUAUGUCUACAACCAGUACUCCUCAAAUGGGCAAUGAAGCAGUAGCAAUGAGGAAUUCUUCACAGAAUGAAGUUGGUGUCUCAGGGAGGGAAGAAAAUGGAAGUGAUGCAAUUGAAGGUUCUAAAAGGUGGUGGAUUGGACCUAAAGCGCCCGGGAGCUCAGUGCGGGACCGAUUGAUGGGAGCCAUAGGUGGGAUUCGAGACUUGAUCAAGGACAAAGAUGCACUUGUGCAGAUAUGGGUGCCAACAGAUCGAAUGGGGAGGCGUGUAUUGACGACAUACAAUCAGCCAUUUGCUCUCGAUGGGAGCUCCCAGAUGUUGGCUAAUUAUAGGGACAUAUCGAUAAACUACCAGUUUUCAGCUGAAGAGGAGGACUCCAAGGACCUUGUUGGGAUGCCCGGUCGAGUGUUCUUGAGGAAAGUGCCUGAAUGGAGUCCUGACGUUAGGUUCUUUAGGAGCGAGGAGUACCCGAGAGUGGAUCACGCUCGACAGCACAAUGUGUGUGGCACUCUGGCUGUUCCGGUGUUUGAGCAACAGAGUAAGAGUUGCUUGGGUGUGAUUGAGAUUGUGACGACGAGGCAGGAGGUCAAGUAUCAGUCGGAGCUCGAGAAGGUGGCCAAAGCCCUUGAGGCUGUUGAUCUUAGGAGUUCUGAAAUUCCCAGCUCCCUGAACAUGAAGGCUCAAGAUAUUGCUUACCAAGCCGCAUUGCCUGAAAUCCAACAAGUCCUGAAAUCAGCCUGCGAGACGCACAACCUCCCCUUGGCUCAAACAUGGGUCCCCUGCAUCCAGCAGCAGGGGAAAAAAGGCAGCCGACACUCCGACGAGAACUACUCUCACUGCGUCUCCACGGUCGAUCAAGCCUGCUUCGUAUCCGACGAUCGAAUUCGUGGCUUCCACGAGGCCUGCUCUGAGCACCACUUGCUUAGAGGACAAGGCGUCGCGGGCAGAGCAUUCACCACGAACCAGCCUUGCUUCUCCAGCGACGUGACCGAGUUUUGCAAGACGGAGUACCCCUUGUCGCACCACGCGAGGAUGUUCGGAUUGUGUGCCGCGGUGGCAAUUCGACUGAGGAGCGUCCACACGGGUUCUUCGGAUUUCGUGCUCGAGUUUUUCCUGCCGGCGGACUGCCGGACGGCCGAGCAACAGGAGGAGAUGCUGAAUUCGUUGUCGGUGAUUAUUCAGAGGGUUUGCCGGACGUUGAGGGUGGUGACGGAUGAGGAAAUUGAGCGGGAAGAAGCUGGUCAUUCGAUUGGUGGGCCUGAUCGCCAUGUUGGUGGUUCUUUUGGGCCUCCUCUGGCUGGUGAUGGGCUCGAGGGAGCCCGGGAAUGUGAGGGUGACGUGGCGUCGCCCGAAGUAGGCGCCGGAUUGAGGGGGAAAUCGCCGGAUGGAAAGGGGAGUGGUGAGAAUGAAGGACGGAGUUUGAGUACUUCUGGCGAGGGGAAGCUAGUGGAUAGAAAGCGUACCAAGGCAGAGAAGAAGAUCACAUUGGAAGUUCUUAGGCAGCAUUUUGCUGGAAGUUUGAAAGAUGCUGCCAAGAGUCUUGGAGUGUGUCCAACGACAUUGAAACGAAUCUGCAGGCAGCAUGGGAUCACGCGAUGGCCUUCUCGAAAGCUAAAGAAGGUUGGUCACUCGCUGCAGAAGCUCCAGGUCGUGAUGGAUUCUGUUCAAGGCGGCUCUGGUUCGUUACAAAUUCGUUCGUUCUACUCCAGCUUCCCCGAGUUAGGCUCUCCACCGACUUCAAAGCCAGACGAUAACCCGAAGCUUUUGUGUAUGCAGCCCGAGGCUGCAUACAUUUCUAGUAGUGCCCUUGUAGCUGCAGUUAAAUCGACUUCUUCAUCAUCGUGCAGUCAGGGUUCUAGCUCGAGCCACUCCUUCUCGAGUGAGUCGCAUCAGCAAAUUCAAGCCACUGAGGGCCCUUCCGUUGUGGGAAAGGAAUCGUCCUCGUCCGGUGCAAGUGGCGAGGUAAAAAGGGUCAGAAGUGAAGCAGAGCUUCAUGCAUCAGAAGAGCCUGUUAAAGUACAACUUCCAAGAGCUCAGAGCCACCAGUCUCUGGCAGAACGGAGCAAUUCGGGUGAUCAUCCUCCCUCGGCGAAGAAGGCUGGCGUUCGGAGGGUCCCCCAGUGGGACGCAGAUGCUCAGAGAGUGAAGGUUGCGUAUGGGAACGAGAUAGUGAGGUUCCGAAUGGCAAACAACUGGAGGUUCAACGACUUGUUGAUGGAGAUUGCGAGGCGGUUUGGUAUCGAUGACAUGAGCAGGUUCGAUGUCAAGUAUUUGGACGACGACUCCGAGUGGGUGUUGAUAACGUGCGACGACGAUGUUGAGGAAUGUAUCGAAGUCUGCCUAGCAUCUGGGAGCCAAACUAUAAAACUCUUGCUCCAGGUUUCUUGUCGAGGCGUUUGAUGAAAAUGCGUUUGUAGAUAUAACGUUUGUGUGUACAGUAAAAGUAGGAGAUGAUUUCAUGUUUGGAAGGCAAAGUGUUGUUUAGCUCUAGAAAAUGGUCUUUGGAACAUUUGAAUGCAAAGUUCUUAUGUAGGUGGUUGAGUUAGCUUGGUUUUUAUUUGGCUGAUUCAUUAUUCUUCAAGGAAGUUAAUAAACUCGUAUGAAUUCUUCUGUUGUUGAUGGACAACAGAUGGGACCUGUCAUAUAGUUUGCAAGUGGCGAGUCAAACUUGAUUCAGCGUAGUGUUUAUAGGUCGCAAAAGAAAUAGAGUCGUCCAUUUGAUAGCGAUAAAGGCUCUUUCAUAGUACCCUAGUUAGCUAAAU